AUGUCUGACACAGAGAAACAAGAUCAACCUCAACAGAAGGAGAGGAGAAAAAUCGAAAUCAAGUUUAUUCAAGAUAAGACUAGGCGUCAUAUCACAUUUUCGAAACGUAAGCAUGGGAUUAUGAAGAAGGCGUAUGAAUUGUCUGUGUUGACUGGCACCCAGGUUCUUCUUCUUGUUGUGUCCGAGACAGGACUUGUUUACACUUUUACGACUCCAAAAUUUCAGCCUAUAGUGACACAACCUGAGGGUAAGAAUCUUAUUCAAGCAUGUUUGAACGCACCUGAGGAAGAAGAGGAGGACGAGGACGAGGAGGACGAUGAUGAGGAAAUCAAGGACGAGGAUAAACCAGACGUUUCUGUGGGUGGUGUUGCUGGUCCAAACGCCGUUCAAGAUGCGUCGGGGAAUCCUAACGCAGUUAAUGUUGGUGUACCAUCGAACGACCAUGUUGCAGCUGCACAUUCGGUUGCUGCAGGGGCUGCAGCGCACCAUCAUCACCACCAUCAUCAUCAUGCAGCGGCGGCGGCAGUGGCGGCGCAUCAUCAGCAGCUUCCUCCUCAGCAGCAGCAGAAUUUUAAUAAUCCUGCCGCCUACUUGAAUGCUGAGCAGGCUGCUGUUUACCAGCAGUAUUUCAACGGUGUGAACUCACAACAAGGUCAAUAUUGA